AAGCCUAUAUUGUUUUCCUUUCGCCUGGCACCGGGGCACAGCUUGCUGCUCCGAGGUCACGCUGAGCAGUGGCCCCAGAGAGCCUGCCCAGUAUGUCUUUGGGCUCCUCACCACGUUGGCUGGGACCCAAGUAGAUCGAAUGCAGAACUGAUUAAACAUCCACAAACAGCAGAAAACUUCACGAUGUGCCCUUGUCCCGUCUUGGUGGUCAUGAAGGAACCAGAGUGUGGGCUCUGCCAGCCAAGGUCUCCGGAGAAGCUUUCCUGUGUGGUUUUGCUGUAGGUCGCUCAGCCGCCCCUUCCAGACCAUGGAUCUGCAUCUCUUUGACGACUCGGAGCCAGGGAACUACUCGGACAUCAGCUGGCCGUGCAACAGCAGCGACUGCAUCAUGGUGGACACGCUGCAGUGCCCCGUCAUGCCCAACAAGAGCAUGCUGCUCUACACGCUCUCUUUCCUCUACAUCUUCAUCUUCGUCGUCGGCAUGAUCGCCAACUCCGUGGUGGUCUGGGCGAACAUCCAGGCCAAGACCACAGGCUACGACGCGCACUGCUACCUCUUGAACCUGGCCAUCGCGGACCUGUGGGUGGUCAUCACCAUCCCGGUCUGGGUGGUCAGCCUCGUGCAGCACAACCAGUGGCCCAUGGGCGAGCUCACGUGCAAGGUCGCGCACCUUAUCUUCUCCAUCAACCUCUUCGGCAGCAUCUUCUUCCUCACGUGCAUGAGCGUGGACCGCUACCUCUCCAUCACCUACUUCACCAACACCCCGAGCUGCAAGAAGAAGAUGCUGCGGCGCAUCGUCUGCAUCCUGGUGUGGCUGCUGGCCUUCUGCGUGUCCCUGCCCGACACCUACUACCUGAAGACCGUCACGUCUGCUUCCAACAACGAGACUUACUGCCGGUCCUUCUACCCCGAGCACAGCAUCAAGGAAUGGCUCAUUGGCAUGGAGCUGGUCUCUGUCAUCCUGGGCUUUGCCGUUCCAUUCUCCAUCAUCGCUGUCUUCUACUUCCUGCUCGCCAGAGCCAUCUCGGCGUCCGGCGACCAGGAGAAGCACAGCAGCCGGAAGAUCAUCUUCUCCUACGUGCUGGUCUUCCUCGUGUGCUGGCUGCCCUACCACAUUGUGGUGCUGCUGGACAUCUUCUCCAUCUUACACUACAUCCCCUUCACCUGCCAGCUGGAGAACGCGCUCUUCACGGCCCUGCACAUCACACAGUGCCUGUCGCUGGUGCACUGCUGCGUCAACCCCGUGCUCUACAGCUUCAUCAACCGCAACUACAGGUAUGAGCUGAUGAAGGCCUUCAUUUUCAAGUACUCGGCCAAGACUGGCCUCACCAAGCUCAUCGACGCCUCCCGAGUGUCAGAGACGGAGUACUCCGCAUUGGAGCAAAGCACCAAGUGAGCUGCCCUGCAGAGGCUUGGGGACGUGUGUGCUUGUUGUGACUGGGGCAUCGGGCUGCCUGGUUUCUUGAGGAGAGCAAAGUUGCUUUGGGUUUGAUGCUUGAGUGACGCAGAGAGAAGAGGCAUGACAUUGCGUAUCCUCUCUCGCCAACGCAGCUGUCGCCCGGCUGAGCGCUUUGACAGUUUUGCAGUGAGCGGGAAACAAACAGCGCUGUGCUGUGCAUGAAGCCAGCUUCAAGACGGGCUCAGCUGGGCCUCUGUACAGCAGAGCCGUCUGCGUCCUGUUGGGUUUUAUAUAGUGACUUGUAUUUAAGUUUUCAGACUUUAUUUUCUCACUAUUGGUGUACCUUAUAAGUGUAUUUGAAAAGUUAAAAUAUAUUUUAAAUAUUGUAUGGGAGGUUAUAAUGCUGACAUAUCCAGAUCGCUGUAGUUUUAGGGUUAGUUUGACUUCAGUCUUGACUAAGGGUGACAACAUUUAUUGUUAGCAGAUCUGAAAAGAUAUAUAAAUAUAUAUAUAAGUACAUGCCAGUGUUGGUGCGAAUGUUCUAUUUACAGUAGUUUAAUAUCUGUGUGGUGCUUUGCACCAACACAGGAUGUGGAAGGAAAACUGCCCACAGUGCAGUUUGUAACAUUAAUAGUAUUCUAAAGUUACCUUUAAACAAGACUGUUCCAGACUGCAAAUCUGUGCCCAAGACAAAUAGAGAGUUCUCUCAAUUUGUAAGUUAUUUUUUUUAAUAAAGAUUGUUUUGUUUCCUAAAA